CGCCGUUUCUUUGCAGACACUCGGAGCUGCGCUGCGCACCGGACGGUCCGCUGUUCGCCGGAGUUCGCCUGGAGCCUUUUUUCUUUGUUCGCUCGGUGAAGCGUCAGGAUGAAUGUGGGGAUCCCGGAGGGCUGCUUUCUGUCCGCCCUGCAGCCCAACUCCUCCUGCACCGCUUACGUGGUCCCCUCGGACGGCCCGUCUCCGGACCCGGUGGCGAAAGCUCGGAGGGUCCGGGAGCAGGUCCGGAUGCGGCUGGCUGAGAGGAAGUCGUCCUCCCUGAGCAGGCUGGAAGGAUCAACAGAGCCUCCUGAGAUGAAGAGCUACAGCCACGCUCAGGGUUUCAGCUCCAGAUCCAUGAUAAACACACCGAGUCGCGCCAUGGCUGUGCCCGCUGUGCCUCUUCCUGCCUCGGGCUUCUCGUCUCGCUCUUCUGUGGACACCACUUCCCGGCUGACCCACAAAGGUGCGGCUGUGGUCCACAGCAGCUCUCAGACCUCCCAGGUGUACAGCCGAAGCAGACGCUCUAAGUCGCUGACCCAGGGCGAGCACGAGGCGCUUCCUGUCACUUCCUCCGGCCGUCUAGAGAACCCUUUGCUUCCUCUCCCUGCGCCGCCACCAGGUACCCUGAGGCGCAGCCUCAGUGGGAUUCUGGCCCAGGAGAAAGGUUGCUGGCAGGAGGAGGAGCUUCCACAGCAGUACACCUAUAAAGGCCCCUCCCACCGCACCAUCAGCCGCAUCACCAACAGACAGCAGCACUACCAGCAGCAGCAGAGCUCCAGCCUAGGCCAGGAGGGCUGGGUGGGGAACGGCAGGGGCGUCCCCCCUGGGGGGGACACCUGGGGAACACAGUGGCAGCAACAGCAGCAGCAGCACGUGUCCAGGACCUCCGGGACCAUGCACCGCGCCGCCUCGCUCCGCAGCCUGAGGAGUGUCGGGAAGGGAGUGGACGUCUUCGACGGAGCGUCGAUCCACAGCAACGACCCGCUGGGAGAGUUAAUGUUUGAUGUAAGUGAAGGAUUUGGUCGGGUUGAUUGUCUCCGUCUGUGUUGCUCCGACAGGAACCUGAGCUCCGUGAACGAGAGAACGAGGCAGAAGAUGAGAGAAAUGCCCGGCCUCGUGGACUCUCUGGUGACCUACAUCCAGCAGGAAGAACAGGGCGACGAGAAGGUGAGCCACAGAGGCUCAAUGAUGUCUGAGCGCAGGCGCUUUAAAACGUCUGGAGCCCAGAAUCACCAGAACCUGCCCACCCUGUCUCAGCCUAAAGGGUCCGAGUGGCUGUGGCACCCGAAGGUGGUGGGGCUCUACAAGCUCAUCCUGCAGAACAGCGACUACAGCUCCUGCAGCCGCGAGGCCGCCAUCGGAGCCCUGCAGAACAUCACCGCGGGAGAUGCCAGGUGGGCGUCCGUGCUGAGCAUGGUGAUUAUAGAGAAGGAGCGGAUGCUUCCCAUCCUCCUGGACCGGCUGGACACCAACAGCGACACGGAGCUCAGGCCUCUGAGCGGCCUGCUGAGGAAUCUGACCCGGCACGCCACCGACAAACAGCACAUGGGUAAGAGCCCUGCUGGGACAGAAAGGAUUCGGCAAACGAGACUUCGCAGACGGAUCCUUCUAGGCUCAGCGUUCGACCUCGGGACCAAGACGAAGUUGACGAACCCGUUAUGUGACUGCGACCGACUUCCAGGAAGGCGAUAG